AUGCAGAUUCGCAUUUUACCCGAUACCUCUCUUCCGGCUAUCAUCUACAGCUUCAGCCUUCCGAAUCUCCCUCAGGAGCUUCAGACACCAGCAGCUUGGGAGUGCGAAAGGCAGCGAGUGGCCGCCGAGGACCUCGAACUCCCCCACUCUGUCUACGCAUUUGACAAGGCAACAUGGAUGUCUUCCAUCGUACACGAACUCACCUUCGAUAUGGCCACAAUGACGAUCUCUGUCUUGUUCGUGGACAGUCAGUUGCAACAGUGGCCCCUGCGCGAUGCUAGCUGUGUGCGCACGCUGAAGAACAUGCUUCUUGAAGUUCAUGAUGCCGCCAAGGAGGAGCGUGAUCGCAAGAUUGCUAUGUCGCAGCCGCCGACCCCGACGCCCUCCAUGACCACCUUCGAAGUACCGUCACCCAAGUCUGGGAAGCAUAAGAAGCAACGCUCGCUGUUUCACUUCGUGGUUUCCCUCGUCACGCCCUCGACGCCUUCGUUCCCGGCUUUGCCUGAACCUCCACGGACGCCCUCGCUGCCCCUUUCCGAUGUCGCCACAGAGUUGCUCCUGAACCACGCACCGCUUCGCCUCAAAGCUCGAUCUGUUCUCGUCGAUGCUUAUCGUCGUCACGUUGCUUGUGAGCUUCGUCGGCGAUUACCAGCCGCCGGCUAUACUGCAUGGGUCGCUCAGAGCAUGCUGCGCUGCACGACGGACGAGAUGACGCGUUUAGUCGAGUACAUGGGAGGCGUCAUACCGCCGCCGUCUUCGCAUCGCGCCUUGGGAAUGUCCAUGACACGAAGGAGCGCGACGCAUCUGUUCUAUGACGAGGACGAUCUGCCCGAGGAGUUGGAUGGCAUGUCACUGGCAGACUCGGUCAGCACAGACACUGAUGGGUCAUCGCUGCACACUCCGCUCUCGACGCCAGUUGGAACGGAAGUUCGCCGGCACACGUCCCAACAGCCAUCAUUAUCGAUGAACUCGGAUGCGGACCGUUACCAUGAUCUCCAACAGCACGCGCUACAUCUCCGUCAGGUGCUCGUACAUGUGGAGGCUAUGCACAAUCACGAAGAGUUCGAAGCGCGCAACCUCCAAGCCGUUCUUGCCAUCAGGGCCCGUAGACGCGCGUGGUCUAACCGUGCGCUUCUUGGUGGAGCGACGCACAGCGAACUCGGCUUCGCUAUGCCGCGCACCUCUUCACCUCUCGCUCGCUGCGAGCCUGUGACCGCAGGCGAGUACAGCACGACCUGGUACGGGUCACUUCCCCGUCGCACCGUACAAUUCGACACGACGGACCUGUUUCCUGUGGAUGAGGUUGAGGAGGCGGAUGCCCUUCAGUUCCCCGGCGACUGCGAGUCUGCACCCGCUGUCGCAGAAACGCCGCUCGUACGGCCACGCAUCCGUGUACGCACCCACAGUAGCCAUGUGCUGCCACCAACCUUUCCGUCGUCGCCCCGAGGCGCGCCACCCAAGGCCCCUGGCAAGGCGCUUGAUCUUCAGCGCCUAUUCGUUGAUGAAGCGCCCUUCGGUUCUGGUGCAGGCGAGUUCACGCUCGCCAUGGAUGCACAGGACCACAGCCUACUCGACGACGAUGACUGGUUACCCAGCAUCGGGCCCUAG